AUGGAGGUCUCCCUGGGAAUCUUCCAGCGCACCCUCAAGCUGCAGGUGGUGACCGCUACGUCACGUCCAAGAGAAGAGGCCACUGAUGGACCCCAAGAGGAGGACUCACCCCCAGGAAGCCUGCCAACAAAACCACCCCCAGGCCCUGUUCCCUACCUUGGCACAUUCCUCACGGACCUGGUUAUGCUGGACACAGCCCUGCCGGACAUGUUGGAGGGGGAUCUCAUCAACUUUGAGAAGAGGAGGAAGGAGUGGGAGAUUCUUGCCCGCAUCCAGCAGCUGCAGAGGCGCUGUCAGAGCUACAGCCUGAGCCCCCGGCCGCCCAUCCUGGCCGCCCUGCGUGCCCAGCGUCAGCUCAGCGAGGAGCAGAGCUACCGAGUCUCCCGUGUCAUCGAGCCACCGGCUGCCUCCUGCCCCAGCUCCCCACGGCUCCGGCGGCACAUCAGCCUCACCAAGCGCCUCAGCGUGAAGCUGGCCCGAGAGAAAAGUUCAUUCUCUGAUGGGAGUCCUGGGGAUCCCUCUUCACCCACCUCCAGUCUGUCCCCAGGGUCCCCUCCAUCCAGUCCUACAGCCAGGGACCCUCCUCCUGGCUGUCCCCCGAACUCCCCAGGGCCCCAGGGCCCCAGCACCAAGCUGCCCCUGAGUCCGGACCUGCCAGGCUCCCAGCCCCUGGCCUUGCCCUUGGGCAGCCCUCGCAUGCCUCUCCUGGGGCAGCAGAGCUCAGAGGCCCGCAUCAUCCGCAUCAGUAUCAACAACGACCAUGGGAACCUGUAUCGGAGCAUCUUGCUUACUAGUCAGGACAAAGCCCCCAGUGUGGUGCGGAGAGCCUUGCAGAAACACAAUGUCCCCCAGCCCUGGGACCGGGACUACCAGCUCUUCCAAGUCCUUCCUGGGGACAGGGAGCUCCUGAUUCCUGACAAUGCCAAUGUCUUCUAUGCAAUGAGUCCAGCUGCCCCCGGAGACUUCGUGCUGCGACGGAAGGAAGGGACCCAGCACAUGCCCUCUCUGUAUUCGACCUGAGGCAGGCCUCUCCUCCCCCUGGGACACAGGCCCCAUGGGAAGCUAAAGACCAGGAUUCUAUCACCAUGAGGAUGGUGGAUCUUUCUCCUGGACAGCCUCCAUC